ACGGAUUCGUGACCGCUUAUAUACGCUGUUUCGCGAUUUUAUUAUAAAAUGAACAUAAAUCAAGAAUUAUUAAUUACGUUGAUUCAAGAAAGGCCUGUAAUAUGGGAUAAGACCAUCGACGAUUAUAAAAAUAAGCGGCUUAAAUAUGAUUCCUGGAAAGAAAUAUUUAUUCAUUUCCAGCCCACAUUUGAAGAUUUAAGUGGUGAUGAGAAAAACAAGUUUGGGCAAAUGGUGAUGAAGAAGUGGACCAAUAUGAAAGAUAGCUGGAUAAAAUAUGACAAAAAAAUUAAUGAAUGUAAGUCUGGUUCUUCAGCAAAAAAAAUAAGAAAAUAUAUGUUCUAUGAUGAAAUGAUGUUCCUAAAAAAAAAUGUUGAGCAUCGCAAGACCGAUUCUAACAUGACUGAACAUGUUCAUGAUUCUAGCCUCAGUAAUGAAAAUUUUGAUAGUGCAGUCCCGAAUCAAUCAAGCUCGGGAUACACUGAACGGAGUGAGACGCAAAGGGCUAAAAAAAAAAGAAAAAAUGAACUAAGUGAAGUUGACAUUAGGUUUAUGAAGUUUAUGGAUUCAGCAGAACGAGAUGAGAAAAAGAAAAGCCGUAGUAUGAACUUUUUUAUGGGAAUCGCUGAUACAGUUGACAAGUUCAGUGAUGAAAAUAUGAUAGACUUUCAGUUUCAAGUAAUUUCAAUAAUUAAAAAUAUUCAACAAAGACAGUGUACUCAGUAUAUACCUACAUCAAGAAACCAAUGGGAUCAAGGCCAUCAAGGAUAUUUAAGUGGUACAGCAUCCUCAAAUGCGCAAUCGUCAACAUAUGGAUAUUCUACAGCUGCUAGAUCGAGCUAUGGAAUAAGUCGUCCACAGACGUCUUCUCAUGAUUUUGGACACGGUUCUGGUUUAGAGCCAAUCCACUACCGACCCGAAUCACAAUUAUCUGUACAUAGUGUAAAUGCGGAAAGUAUCUCGGCAGAUUCUCAAGUUUCUAUUGAAGACGAAUUCGAUUUUAGUACCGCACUUGAGUAG